GUGAAUAUGACCGGUAUCAUGGCGGAGGAAGACGGUGUGAGCGCGCGCUCGUUGCUGCCGUAUCUGCGCGGGGCCGAGCUGAUUAAACAGGGCGCGGAGGCGCGCGUGUACCGGGUCCGGUUUCUGGGGAGGAGAACCAUAGUGAAGGAGCGCUUCCCCAAACGGUACCGACACCGCGCGCUGGAUGAGAAGCUCACGCGCCGCCGCACGGCUCAGGAAGUCCGGUCCAUCCUGCGCUGCCGGAAAGCGGGUAUCGCAGCCCCCGUCGUCUACUUUAUGGAUCUCAGCACCAACUGCAUUUUCCUGGAGGAGAUCACAGACUCGGUGACGGUGCGUGAGCACAUCGCAGCCGCUCAGGCUUCGGGACAACCAGCCGAGUCUCUGCACCCCCUCGCUGAGAAAAUGGGCCGAAUUCUAGCGAAGAUGCACGAUGAGGACGUGAUCCACGGAGACCUGACCACCUCCAACAUGCUGCUGAAGCCGGAGCACUCCAGCGACCUCGCCCUGCUGCUUAUUGACUUCGGCCUGAGCUUCGUCUCGGCUUUACCCGAGGAUAAAGGUGUCGACCUGUACGUGCUGGAGAAGGCGUUUCUCAGCACACAUCCAAACACAGAGACUCUGUUCCAGAAACUUCUGCACAGUUACACCGCCGCGUCCAAAAAAGCUCCACCAGUGAUUAAAAAACUGGACGAGGUCCGACUCCGAGGGAGGAAACGGUCCAUGGUGGGAUAAAAGAAAGAAAGAAAACCUGACGAGUUUGAAUGUGGUCAAACAUUACAGUUUGUUUUUGUAAAUAAAAAUCUUUUUUGGACGUUGA